CCGGCAGCAUGGAAGGCUUUCGAAGGGGGUAUCAUGGGUUUCAACCAGAUUUAUACCAACAAAUUUCUGCCCGAUUUGAACGACGAUGCCGAUAUAAAAUUCCACGACGAGAUAAUCGCGGGGGGAAACCUCGGAUUAGCUACUAAAGGCGGGACCGUCUGCCGCAUGGUCGAUUUCGGGCCGCAGUAUGAGUGUAUGAUGCACAGAACCAAGUCGCUGGACUUUGGUAUAUUGAUCGAGGGAGAACUGGAAUUGAAACUAGACGACGGCAGUAUUACGAAUAUGAAGCGCGGUGAUAUAGCAGUCCAGCGAGCAACGAUGCACUCCUGGCGCAAUCCGAGCACCACCAACUGGGCUCGUAUGGUGUUUGUGCUUCAGGAUACGCAGCCAUUGUUUAUUGGGGGGAAGAAAUUUGGAGAAGACUACGGCAGAGGUACUAAAGACCUUCCGCCGAGUGGGAACGACGAUGAAUGAAGCGGAUGAUGUCUCCUGCUAGAAGCGAGAAGAUGAGGUUUGGUAGUUAGUAUAUCUUAUAUUAUGUACUCACGAAUAGAUGUAGGUUAGAUGGUUGAUAUAUUGGAAAUUUCGCAAAGAAUGUGUUGGUGAGGUGUGUAAUUGUAUGUAAUUCCCACCCCACGUACGCCAUUGGUCAAUCACAU